GGCGGCAUCAAUUUCAAUCCAAACACUAAUAAAUUGGCAUCUUUCAACGUUAGAGCAGCACGGCGUUAGUGUAUUAAUAGCUGUUAUAUUUUGUAAAACUCGAUUCAACCCUCGGCACAGUGUAGUUUAAGCCGCGGCGCGCGCCGCUUGAAAAAAAAAAGCGCGCGCUUUCAACUGUCAAACGUUUUUCGAAAUUAUAACCUCAAAAGUCAUGAGUUAUUUGUAUGAUGAAUUUAACAAUAAUUUCAAGGAUUUUCGUUAUUACAGAGGCAGUAAAAGUGAUAAAGAGUGUUGUGUGAAAGAUGAGAGUAAAGAGGAAGGUCAUAUUCAGCAUGUGUUGGGUCCCAGUCGGAAGUGCUUGGCGUGGGCAUGUAAGGCGUGUAAGAGGAAAACGGCGGCCGUGGACCGACGGAAAGCGGCGACGCUUAGAGAGAGGCGAAGGCUUAGGAAAGUAAACGCUGCCUUUGAAGAGCUACGAAUCCGUGCAAGGGCCGGCAGUGGGAGAUUACCGAAACUAGAAAUCCUGAGGGCUGCUAUACAACACAUAGAGAGGUUGCAAGCUGCCCUAAGAGCUGCUGCCGCGCUGGAGACAGAAGGCUGCAAGAGCUACAUGGAGCCGGUUGGGGACCGGAGUCCAGCCAGAGACUCCAACGUUGACAGAGAGAAACCUUUUGUAAACAAUGAAGGUGGUUGUGGAGUCAACAGUCUGGCGAGAUUGCGGUGUAUCGUGCAAGCGUUAACUACGAGGGAUUCUUGACCGGACCUCAUACUAUUAUAUACUAUUAACAGUAGUUGAUACAUGUACAGAAGAUUCUCUUUUAUGUCUGAAAGGAUAAAGGUGUCAGUAACCGAUAGCCACUACAGAUAGUUAAACUUUCAUACCUGGGCAUUUCUAUUUGAAGUUGUACCCCCAACUUGCAUUUUAGAUUUUGAAAUUAUUAUACUUUUUCCACUCAGAAUCACGAGCUCUUUCGACCCUACGAGAAAAAAAGUGUCCCCAUAUUUUUUUUUGUCCGUUUUGUUACGGUCAUAGAAGUUUGUAUAGAAAACCGUAACCAAACGGACAAAAAAUUUUGGGGACACUUUUUUUUUCAGUAAAAAUGUAAAAAGCUCGUGAUUCUCAGUAGAAAUAAUAUAAAAAUUCCCAAUUUACCCACGAAAAUUUUUGGUACAACUUUAAAUAGAAAUGCCCACCUAUAUAUGUAUGUGCUGGUUAAAAAUCGUGGAUUCAAACCUCAGUAUAGAGUAAAAAGAAUAAUUCUCGGAAAAAAAAUACAAAAGUAUGACUACAAAUUCGAUCAGAAUCCUUGUCAUACACAGAGAAACAGUAGUUAGGGAACAAAAAUAAAGAAGGACGUCAAAAAAAAAAAAAAGAACAAACAUGAAACAACCUAACAUAAGACUGGUGUAACCUACAUUGCCAAAGAAAUUUGUAUUAAUUUCAAAAAUAAUGUUUUUAUUGGGACCCCUGACAUAAAAAUGUCCCGAGUAUAUACCAGGAAACCGCCAUAAUAGUCGGGGUUGCCCGAACGGGGUCCAAACUUGGACAGAUCCGGAAAAAUCCGAUCAAACUCAAUCUUCUGUCAACCAUCCAAACGAAGAACUUCAGUGAUAUCUUUAAUACAUGUUUAAUACCAAAUUUGCGAGCAUGCAGGACAUACAUUCAACUGUAAUUUAAAUUAAUCGAAUUUAAACUGUUGUGAGACAUACUAACAUUAAAUAAUUUCACGGUUUAGACUCACUUGUUUUAGUCACUCGCGCGACAUGUUUCGGAGAGCCUAAUAGGACAGAUAGUGCGAGCAGCGUUCACGACGACCGUGUAUUGUUGUGUCUCUGUUACACCUUGUAUAUUUUAUCCAUACAUUAGUUUAGUAGUGUAUUUAAUUAGUUUAAUGAUUGUGAUAAGAGUAUUUUUAGUUAAUAGAUUAUUUAUUUAUUGUAAAUGUAGCAAAGUAAUUGUACAUAGACAUUCUAAUUACAUAUUAGUUUUUGA